AUGCCCUCAUCCUCAUCAGAUCCCGAAUCCAAUCUACUACCCUUCGUGCCAUCUCAGCCGUUCAAGCUCACCGUGCAGCCCAACCCGGGGUGGACGUACGGACAGAGAAUUGCUGAGACGGAGGACGGCAGGGCGUGGACAGAAGCAGGCGAGAGGGCUGGCUGGAGAGUCAUAGAUACCGCUACGGAAGAUCCGAGGAAAUUGUACCAGAUCCUGAUAUCAGGCAUCGUCCCGCGGCCCGUCGCGUUCGUCUCGUCUGUAUCUAAAGACGGUGUCGAGAACCUCGCGCCGUUCAGUUGGUUCAGCGAAGUCUCCUCCCGACCCCCCGUGAUCUCCUUCUCCUGCGCCUACGCAGGCGCGUCGCAGGAUGGUCCGAAGGACACCGCGCGUAAUGUGCGCGCCACGCGGGGGUUCACGGUCAAUAUCAUCAGCGAGCCGUGGAUCGAGCAGGCCAAUAUGUGCUCUAUUGACACUCCACCCAAUGUGAGCGAGUGGGCGGUCAGCGGAUUGAGUAAGGCGCCGAGCAUCUCAGUCAAGGCACCUCGAGUGAAGGAAAGCGCCUUCAGCAUGGAGUGCGAGUUCCUUGAAGCAAUCGACAUCACCCUCCCCUCCACGGGCGAAGUCACCGCGACGCUCAUCCUCGGCUCCAUCAAGUACAUCCACAUGCGGAACGACGUCGUCGACCCCGCGCGGGGCGUCGUGGAUGUGGGCCGCCUGCGUCCUGUCGCGCGCCUGGGUGGCCUCAGGUAUGCAAGGGUCACGGAAGGGUACGAUAUUUCGCGGGAGAGGUGGGCGGAGAGCAAGGAGAAGAUAAGAGAGGCCCUCGAGGGUGAGGACGAUUCAUGA